AUACACCUGGAUCCAGAGGCGAGUUGAUCAAUACAUUCUGAAGAAAGGAGACGUUCCGCAUGAUGUCAAAAGGAUUUUCCAGAGUUACUCAGUAUUCACGGGGGAAAUGGAUCAGUACUUUCAGCGAGUUGAUGAGGCUCAUCUAGCUGAAAAAAAGUUAUUGGAACUACGCCAAAAGUCAGAUGCAAGUUCCUAUGCGGUCGAAUUUGAGAAAUGGGCGGCAAUUUUGAAAUGGAACGACGACGCACUUCGAACAAAGUUCUUUGCAGGACUUAAGCCAGAAGUCAAGGCUCAGUUACGACUUAGGGAGAAGGAGAUAUCUACCCUUACCGAACUCAUCGAAUCAGCGAUUAGGGUCGAUUCCAUUCUAUUCGAAAACAAGCUUGAUAAACAAGGAAAGACGCCCAGGUACCAACCCAAUCAUGGGAGACCACGACGCUCUACCGAUUACUAUGGACCGCAGCCUAUGGAGAUAGACAAGCUCCAGAAAGGCGAACAAGCCCCGAGAAAGCCCAAGAAUUUCAAGAAGAACACGGGAAAUUGUUUUAAGUGUGGUCAACCAGGACAUUUUGCUCGAAAUUGUUCGAGACCCAAGAAACAGUCAAUUAAGGCUCUGGGAACAGGCGUGCAGACGAGGAAGAUUGCGAUGCUCAGGAAAGGCUCUCACAACACGUACCGAUGGGGACCAAAUCAAAAUACUGGACCACGGAACGAGACUGUGGUUCAGGGAAUCCUAGAACGAAAUCCCGACGUUCAGACAAAUAUGGCUCAUAAAUUCCAUUGGGCACUACCGAUUAGCCAUUGUAAGGUCCAGGAUUGUGGAUUUUGGGAGCAUAGUGAAAAUAAGGACCCAGGGGAACCAUCAUGGGAGUAUCCUUACGGACCACCUAAAGUUUCCUUUACACAAGUACGACGAAUACUCCAGAUUGAAGGUAUUAAAGGAAAUGAUCGUCACGUACACCACGAGCACCUUCCACUUAACCUUUGCACAGCUUGGAGUUGUCAAUGUCCAAGACACCGUGUACCAGUGAUGCAGUGGGGAAUUAUCGAUGAUAACCACAUAUCUAUUGACGCAGGACCAUCACCACAGGGAAUCCAAAGUACAAUUGGAAAUCUUGACCCUGAAGAGAACGAGAUGAUGGAAAAUAUCUACAAAUGCAUCAUGAAGCUUAUCUAUAUGACAGAUGACGCAACAAGAAGGGCUAUUACAUGGGUUUUGCCUAAGGACCCAUAUCAAAUUGGAUUUCAGAUGAACGCAGAUCCAGACUCUAAAGAUCCACAAAAGAUGUAUCGACUAAACCUGCAAGUAACAAAAGAGAUGUCCAACCCGGAUGGAAGUUCCGAGGAAUGGGAGUCAGGCGAAGAGACGCUUGAUGACGGUGAAAGCGAGCACCCUUACUUCUCAGGAAACAAGGAGGUCGACUAUUAA